AUGAUCAGGAGGAAGGAGGAGGGAGCACAUAGGGAGAGGAAGCAAAGGAAGAGGGAGACGACGGGAGAGAAGAAGGCAGCAGCGAAAAGUAUGGAAAGGAAGGGGGAAGCGGAGAAGGGAAGAAGCAGUGGAGGGAAGAGCAGAGAAGUGAGUGGUAAAGAACAGAAAGAGAAAAAGAGAGAAGUGGAGGAGGAGAACGAAGAGGUGAAGGAGGAGAAGAAGAGAGAGAUAGAGAAGGCAGAUAAAAGAGGAGAAAGCGAGGAGACUGAAGAGGAUAGUAGGAGUCAUAGGAAGAAGACAGGAGGAAGGCAAGAGGAGAUAAAAGGGAAGGACGGAGGAAAAGAGUGGUGGAGAUUGGAGAAAGAAGCGGGGAAAGAACGGAGAAGCAGGAAAAAAGAAAAGACGAGCAAAGAGUGGAGAGUGACAAAAGAAAAAGCCAGGAGAAGGCUAGAGGAAAGAGAGGAAAGAGCGAGGAGAUACAAGGAAAGAGAGGCAAGGAUGCGAGAGAGGAGAGAAAAAGAGGGGAAAAGAAGAAGAGAGAAGAGGAUAAUAUAG